CUCUCUCGGUGCGAGAUGCCGGAACCGUCGAAGUCGGUGCCAGCCCCGAAGAAGGGGUCGAAGAAGGCGGUGACCAAGGCGCAGAAGAAGGACGGCAAGAAGCGCAAGCGCAGCCGCAAGGAGAGCUACUCGGUGUACGUGUACAAGGUGCUGAAGCAGGUGCACCCGGACACGGGCAUCUCGUCCAAGGCCAUGGGCAUCAUGAACUCGUUCGUGAACGACAUCUUCGAGCGCAUCGCGGGCGAGGCGUCGCGCCUGGCGCACUACAACAAGCGCUCGACCAUCACGUCGCGGGAGAUCCAGACGGCCGUGCGGUUGCUGCUGCCUGGCGAGCUGGCGAAGCACGCCGUGUCGGAGGGCACCAAGGCCGUCACCAAGUACACCAGCGCCAAGUGAGCCCGUGAGUGAGUCUCACGCUGCCUACAAAGGCUCUUUUCAGAGCCACCCACUGUUUCUAAGAAUACGCUGUUUCACUUUGGGCGUAUGUUUUGAGUGUAUUUGUAUCUACAUAGUUAGGCAUUGCUGAAGCACGCUGAUCUUCUGAGACGUCAGAGGGGCUAACCAUGUGUAUUUUGGAGAUCUGGUUUUCUUGCUGUUAGAAUUUUAUGAGGAAUGAAGAAAGGCACGCUCCUCAACCACCAGGGCUGAGGCUGUAGUCGAUAGUCUCGAGAGCAGGCAGAACGUGGCUGGAGCUCCGAUUUUCACUCCUGUCACCUAGUGCGUGUGUUCAUGAACUAUUGGCCACAACUGGAGCAAAGUUUAAGUUGCAGCUCUUAUCCUGAAGAGCUGAUCUCCCUGUGCCUUGGCAUCCCCUACCGAGCCAGAGAACCCGGCGCGGGCCGAGCCGCUAGGUCGGAGUUAGGGGACUUGGCCGAGGCCCGGUGACUGCUUCAGAGAGGAACCCCUACCGCCUGCGCUUUCCUGGUGCUGCUUUCCGUGCACUGUGCCCGCGCCCUGGGCCUUAGCAUCCGCCCUACCUGUAAAAUUACAAGCACUGUUUAAAGAAUUACGUGGCUCUUCAUAGAAGUGUAUUCAGGUCAGUUUGAUGAAUUAAAGCCGAGUGUUUUUCUCGUCAGGCUAUGACUCGGAAAGUGUUUUUUCCAGAUAGAGGCCUGGCUAGCUUCACUGUGCAGAACCACUAGCUGGAGGAGGCCCGGGUGCAGCUGCGGAGAUCCGUGCUCAGGAGAAACGAGUUAGAAAGUGGCUGACGCGAAAGGAGGUAGUGCAACUAGUGUGCUUGUUUGUAAGGCAAAUCUUUCUUUGCUUUUGUUUGCUUUUUGAGGCAGUCUCAUUAUUAGUUCAGGCUGGCCUUGAACUCACUAUGUAGCCCAGGUUGACCUGGAACUCACUCCAAUCCUGCCUCAGCCUCCUGAGUGCUGGGAUUACAGGCCUGCUCCACCACGCCUGGCCCUAAGGCAAAUUUUGAGACUUGCUUUUCAGUCCUACCUUCACGUGUCUAUUUAUCCUGCGAGUUGGUCUCGAGGGUCCUAUACGUGCAUCGGCAAAGCCAACAACAUCUUGGAACACAGUAGGAGAAUAAAGCCUCGGAAUUAGAGCGGGCAAAGAGCAAACGAGCCUGCUGGAGGCGAGAAGACCGCGUCAGAGUCAGGGGAGGAGCUCCCGCGGACCGGCCGGAGCCCGGCCAGGGGGCGGCGGUCCUUUGGCUCCAGAGAGGCUGGGGUGAAUGUGGCCAGAGGGGCUCCGGGCGCCUUGAGAGGGAUAUGAAGUUCAUCCAGCGCGGAAACUGGAUUUCUUCAGAAUGUUAACAAGUCUUGUGUAAUGUGCGAUGCAGAUUCUGUGCUCGUUCCCUAGUGGGCGCGCUGGGAGUAGAUUAGAAAGGAGAAAAUCAGAGGUCAGGCGGUUGGAGAGAUCCGCCGUCAGCGAGAACCGGAAGCAAAGCUGGCAGAGCGAGCUGCAGAGGGAGCCUCGGGGAGAACCGGGCAGAGCAGGUCCUGGCUCCGGGAGGCGCUUCGGGCUGCCGAGCCCAGGACGCGGAGAACCCGUCCUGAUCGUUUAUUGCACAAAUUAUAUUCCUAUCUUUGAAAUUCUGUCAGUAGGACGGUGAUCAAGAUUAAGAAAUUUCCAGGAUUGGUUUCUCAAUGGCAUUGCGUGUGUUUCAGCUCGUCAGUGAGUCCGUGUCUCACAGCGCUGUGUUAGUGGAAGGCGAAAGCGAAAGAGGACAGGACUCAGCCCCAGCGCUUCUCCGGCCGCCUGAGCCCUGGGUGGUGGGCCAGCAGGCGGCCGGCCGGGAUUUUCUAGUGAUGACGAAACCGCGCACACACCGUGGGCUUCCUUGAUAUCCUGUUCCCACACUCUUGCUUGUCUUUGGUCUUUUGUUUCGGUUUGAAGAAGCGCGGGCUUUUAUGCCCACCUGCAGGAAAGGAAAGCUGCGUGAGGAAGUGCGCUGCCGGGCUGCCGGACUGCCGGAAGGGAGCAAAAUCUGGAGGCUCCGUGCGAGGCUCAGCCUGAGCUUCCCAAAGCCGCCUAGGGCUGCGACUGCCCCGGUGUGCGUCAUGUCCCCAAUUUCCCCACAGUGAGACCGGAGACCAAGCCACUGGAGCAUUCGAGCAGCCAUGGAGCUUCACGUCCGCACCCUCGUGCCAGGGAGCCGAGCCCGAUUCUUCCACAUGAGCUUGAUGUGAACCAGGUCCCUUCCAGCCGGGAUGAAGCCACUUUUGUCCUAAUCAAAUUUCUUUCCCACAGUGCAGAGUCCACGUGGCGCUGCCGCCGCCCGGCCCUCACUCCUGUCUGUACACAGCUCUAGACCGCCCGCCUCCGCGGUCCUCAUGCCGCACCAGAGCUGUUCAUUCAGGAGCAUUCGGGCGGCCCAGCCGGGCAGCAAAGGGGCACGGGGCAGAGCCUGACAGCCUCAAGUUCAGCCCCUCCUCGCAGGACACCCGGAACUCACCCGCUCGUGGAGUACAAGGUUGACAGGCGGAGAGCAAGGGAAGCAGGCUAAGGAGGGCAAGAGGGCUCGGCCGGGGAGGAGGAAGAAACGGGAAAACGCAUCGGCCCCCAUUCUGACCAGGAAAUGAGAGUCCGGGUUAAGGCCGAGCAGACUGCGUCCUUUGCCUCGGUCUGGCCUCUUGUCUAAAAUGUGCUCUUUGUUGAAGAUGCGGUGUCGCCUCCACCUCUGUCACCUCUUUGCCCCCUCUCCGGUGCUCCCGCGGCGUGUGCCACAUGCACCUUUGCAGGUAGUGACUUUCACUCUUAUCAAUCUACCUUUUUUCAUUUCUCCUCCUCUUCCUUUUCUUUCUCCAACUUUCUCCUUCUUCCUUUCUACAAGGCCCCAGCAAAGAAACCCAGAAGGGCAGAAGUAAAAAUUGUUUCCUUUCCUGUUUGAGGCUUCUAGACUAAUUAGGUAUUUCUAAGUAAUGACAAACUUUCACAAGUGCUCCUUUUUAGGUGGCUUGCUUUUAUAGCGUUCUUCUCUCAUAUCCUUUAUCUUCUUGGAAGGACUUGAUUUUAUCUGUCUAUCUGUCUAUCUAUCUAUCUAUCUAUCUAUCUAUGUAUCAUAUAUAUGCAUAUUCUCUUUAUUCACAGAGUGGUAGGGUUUGUUGGUGGGGUAUGGAGAAAUCUUGAGGCUCUUAUCAUGACUAUCCUAUUUUAAUUUUAGCUUUAGGAUACUGUUUAGAAAUUUCAAAAUGUUGUAUCCCAGUGAAAGACUUAUUCAAACAGAAGGUUAAGAGAAUGAAAAUUAUUAUUAUAACUAACAUGAGGUGUGAUCAAAACAUACAGUGCUUGUUUAAAAUUUUAAAGAUUUGUUACAGUAAAAGACAUUGCUGUUAAUCUACCUCAAACACUCUCACUUUGAACACACUUUUCCCAUCAUCUUUCCUCUUUCUGGAGCAGUUUUGGAAGUUCUCUUUCCUAUAUUUAUGAACUGCAGUUGAAACUCACUGAAUCCUGCUGCUGAAUGCCUUCCAAUAGCCAGACAGACAGACUUAUAAAAACAUGACAGCGUGUCCUCAGCCACCUGUCACUGGUUCUGGCAGUGUGACUUAUGGCUUGUCCCCAAAG